AUGGCAAAGCCUGCUGUUGCGAAAGAAAAUACGCGAAAGGUAAGACUUUAUAUUAUUCUUGAAGUUUAGGUAUUCAUACAUUCAGAUUUUUGGUUGAAUGGAAGGCUAGUGGCACAUAAAUUGGUUUUAAAGGUGCUUUUGGUAAUGAGUAAAUAGCUUUAUAAAUUGUUGUGCUAAAUUUUGAGAUUUUGUAUGUCAUACUUGCAACCUAAAACGGGUCGUUGAGGCAUUCGUGACACCAAUUUUUUGAUUUAUGUACCUUCCCCUUCUAAAAAUCAGAUAAAGCACCACAUUUUUUGAGUGUUUCAUUUUAUUCAAUGUCUUCUCAACAGCUGAAGGUCCUUAUUGUGUUGGCCAGGUCUUCUUUUUUUUUUCUUUGAUAUAAAAACCCGCCAUUUUAUAUCGUCCUUCGCAAAGAAACUGAUUCAAAAUAAAAUUUUCAGACUCCAAUGAAAACAGAUGAUGUCAAAACAACCUGGGAUUAUUUGAAGACAAUCCUGCAGAAAAUUGCUCACAAUGACACAGCGGACCUCUCGUUUGAUCUGAUUUACACAAAUGUUGCGUCAAUGGUGGAAAAUAAUGCCGGCAACGUGGUUUACAAUGGAAGUGCGGAUGUUUUGAAGGAACUGUUGGGAGAAGUAAGCAAUUUAUGACAUUUUUGUAUUGGAUUUAGGUAAUAUUUGGGAGAAAACCAUUGAUUUAUCCGAAUUUUGUCAAGGAUAAUAUAAAAGUUCUUCAAUUUUCUUUUUCAUUGUGGAAACUGCUAAAAGCAUUAUUUGUAGAUGCGCCAGUCGGUUGAAGCAACUCUUGAAGAUCCCAAUUUCAUCGAGCAGCUCAAGCGGACAUACCAAGAUUUUCGGAAAACCGCCGGAAUUAUGAAGGAUGUUCUGAUGUAUUUGAACCGCGGUUUUAUCCAAAAGAAUAGGUUACCCAAUAUUUCUGACAUGGCUAUGAACCUUUACCGCCAAGAAAUUAUUGACCAUCCGGCUGUGAAAGCAAAAAUUGACGUAAGUUUUCUAUUUUUGAUGCAGUAUUAUAUUACUUUAGGCAAUUCUUCGGAAUGGUCUCAAUAAUUCUCUCGCAAAUGAUGACCGACAAGCCUACAAGGAUACCGUAGACAUGUUGUCGGGUCUCGGUAUCGACGGCAAGAGGUAUAAAGAAGAGUUGGAGCGGAAAAUCGUCGAUGACUUGACUUUAAUUUAUCAGCGAAAGGCUUUAGAGCUGCUGGAUUUGGGAUCAACUUUGGAGUAUGUGAAAAGGGCUAGAGAAUACAUUGGCAGGGAGACUCAGAUAGUUCAAGAGGGUUAUGAGAAAGGAACGGCCGAGAAAAUUAUUCAGGUAAGAUGGGCUAUAUUGUAGUAGGCAAUUUCGGAAAGUGGACGAAGUUUUUUUACGCAGUAAGUGUUUUCAGAAGCUUUUUUCAAAGUGUUUGACUUCGCUAAUACCCGGUUUCUGAAUCAUGUCAUCUAGGAGACAUUUUAUACGAUGAAAUGUUUCUUUCGUAUAAAAUGUCUCCCAUGUAUGAAUUUUAUCGAUUUUGCCGAAGCAGUACCUCAAAACAAAAGAAAGUGUUGUCUCUGAUAAUUUUUGCUUCGGUAAGUUUUACUUUUUAGUCCUUGAAAUACGAGCUAAUCAGCAAACAGAAGGAGAUGAUCCUCAAAAUCCACAAUGGAAUGGAAAAUAUGUUGGUAAAUGUGAAGAUUGAUGAUCUCCGUGAAGUGUAUGAACUAUUCAGCAAAGUAGAUGAUGGUGUGGACGCUUUGGCCGCAGAAUGUUCAAGAUAUUUGAGGAUUCGAGGGGAGGAUCUCUUCCAGCAAUUCAGUGGAAUUGGAGGACCGGAAUAUUUAGAAGUAUGUGGAUUUUGGUCUUUCGGGAGCUCAAAGAAACUAAAGGCAAUUUUGAGAAUGCUUAAGAUACGUCCAGUCUGCAAAAAAAAUAUUUUUUAUUAAAUUUUUGGCUAUGCAGUGGCGGACCUGAUCCAGUGGCAAAAAACGUACCAUUUUGCUUCCGGGAAGUAUCAAAAAUGUGGCCAAAUGCCUCCCUUUGCGACUAAAAAACUCUGUUUUGAAGGGCCCUCACAAAAUCAUAGUUUUUUUCACUUAAAGAGGAAGGUAUUUUGCUACAUUUUUGAUACUUACCAGGUAUAAAAUGGUACUUUUUUUCCACUGUAUCAGGUCCGCCACUGUUACGAUAAGUUUUGAAUUCUUUUGAAUUUAUAAAAAAAAGGUCUUAAUUUAUGUAAACAUCAAAGAAAUUGCUUUUAAAAGUACCCUGUUUUCAGGAAAUCAUCCAGCUCAAAGAAGUUUUCGACCGUUUUCUCAGCGAAUCCUUUGACAACAGUGACACUCUCAGGACCCAAAUUCAAGCUGAUUUCGAUUACUUCCUCACACUUGAACAGAACAUCUCCCAGGCGAAUGACGACAACGCCGUUCUCCAUAACAAUGAACCUGAUUAUGGCGAGGAAAGUGACGCCUGA